UUAUUUUGCAGGGUUUGGGUGUGGAAGAGAGAUUCCGGUGAUCUCCUGAAGUGGCCUGCCAUACAUGCGGAGCAAGAGGAAGAGCCCUUCGUCAUUCCAGUCGUGCGUGGAACCGAGAAGAGGAGGAGGAGCUGUUGUUUGACCAGAGCUUCUGGGGAGGACAGAUCAAAAUCCAGACUAUUCGCUUUCCAGAAUGUUUGUCGGCUACGAAGACGCCGAGGACACUGAAGCGUAUGAAGAUGAACUUUACCAUGAGGAGUCAUCCAGUGAGCAGAGUGUUGAUAGUGAGGUGGAAUUUCAUCUCUACAGCCAGAUCCACUAUUCCCAAAAUCUUGAAGAAAUCAGCACGCUGGAAAUGGAUGAAGACGGUGAUGUUGCAGGAGUCGCGGGUCAUAGUUCAAUCCUAACUGAGAAAUGGUAUGAAGACAAGAAAAUCACUGAAUUCAUUGAUCAUGGUGCUCAGUUUUCAGGUGACCCUGAGAUCAUCGUCUUGUCUGAUACACCAGAUGAAGACAGUGUUUACAAAAGCAAAGUAAAGAAGUCAACAAGCUCUUUAGCUCAAGGUAAAGCACGUAUCCAUCCAGGAUUUUCCACACCAAAUCAUGCCGAAGCUGCUGGGUGUAAUACCCUGUAUCCUGCUGGAUCAGGCACAGGCAUUUCAAGGCAAAGGAAAAGCACCAGUGGGAAGCUUAACCCAGUCAGUUCUGCUGGAGCUCACGCCAUCCAAGACGUGUUGGUAAUCGAUGACAGCUCGGAGGAGGAGAGCUUGAUAUCUGAAAGUGAUAAUGUCGAGAGUUGGAUGCUUUUGGGAGCUGGUGCAGAUGACAGAGAUGAAGAUAUAAUGUUGAACCUUGAAGGCUGCGCGACUCCCGUCAGCGAAGGAGAAGUGGAUGUGGACUGGUCCAUCUGUAACAAAGACUUAGAGGCACAGAUCUCCAACUACGCAAGGGCAAGGCACACCAGUGCGCGGUACUACACAGCCGAUAAAAACGUUACCUGCAGGAAUUGCGACAGACCGGGUCAUCUGUCCAAGAACUGCCCCACCCCGAAGAAAGUUCCCCCUUGCUGCCUGUGUGCAGGAAGAGGUCAUCUACAGAACAGUUGCCCAGCGCGUUUUUGUUUGAACUGCUAUUUGCCUGGCCACUAUUUCAAGGAAUGCCUUGAGAGAGCCUACUGGAAUAAGCACUGCAAUCGCUGUGAUAUGAAGGGGCAUUAUGCCGAUGCUUGCCCAGAAAUAUGGAGGCAGUAUCACCUAACAACAAAGCCAGGACCAAUCAAGGCGGCCGGCUCUCACUCCGAGCGCUCUGCUCUGGUGUACUGCUACAACUGCUCCCGGAAAGGACAUUUUGGAUACGAGUGCUCAGAAAAGCGGAUGCACGGGAGCAUGUUCCCUACUUCUCCAUUCAUCUACUACUACGAUGACGAAUACGAUAUCAAGAAAAGAGCAAACAGGUUAAAAAGAAAGGUUGCAGAACUACACGAAGCCGGCCUUCUGCCCGAACAGCCAGAAACACCGUGGCAGGAAGAAAAACACGGGGGGCACAGCCAUAAGAAGAAGAGCAAGCCCUGGAAAGAGCACGGGAGGCAGAACAAAGAUGGGGAGAGUCACAAAAAGAUGAAGAUGUCCCGGGCAGAGAAACAGAGGGAAGAGAAACACAGAAGCGGUGUUGAAAUUGGCUACAAGGUGGAGGAGGACUUCCCUCGAGGGUGCAAAAGGCAGGCGUCUAAGGGCAGCAAAGUCCGCCACAAGUCUGUCUUCCAGAUGCUCUCGGGCAGCAAGGUUGCUUAUGCGCAGGAGCCUCUGGAAGGGGCUAAAAGGAGGAAGAAAUGGAAGAAGCAGAAAGACGCCAGCCCUGACAUCAGUGAGAAUUUAUUCCUCAUAAAGCAGAGGAGGAAGAAGUCCAAGCAGAAAUCCUGGUGAUGAGGACGUAGAUAGGUAGCACAAGCAUCUCCUGGCUCCGGCUCUGCCCUUUGUUUGUUUCUGUCCCUCUCGUAGCACACUGAAUCUGGGUCCGUCCCUGAGCGCAUGCGGGCAGGCCCAGGCGCCGGUCACACAUCUAUCGGCCGUCUCCGUCCCCACGGGGAGCGCGCUCUCUGUCGCGAACUUGGUGCCGGUGCCUGGCAUGGCUGUACUUCCCAGCUGGCCCAGAAUGGGCUGCAAGUUUAUUUUCCUUGCUUGGGGGGGGGAGCGGGGGGAGAAGGGGCCAUGCUGGGUUCGGUGGGUUUUGCUUCUUCACCAGUGAGAUGUUGCUCUGCCUGUUGGAGCAGGGUCUGCUGCUGGGGAGCACGACGCCUUUGGAGCUGACGCUGGAGAGACUCUCACGUUAGGAGGAGCUGGGCUGGAGGCCAGGGACGUGGAUGUAAAGCGUGUUCCCCGCAGCCGCUCAACCCGCUCCAGAGUGCAGCCGGGCACUGCUCCACUUCUGUCCCUCCUGGAAGGGGCUGCGAAGCUGCUGCCUCGCACUUUGGGACGUGACAGUCUCCCACCUUGCGCUCCAGCGUGGUGCUGUGGAUCCAUCACCCCCGGUGCCACGGCUUUCGACGCCGAGCACGGGCAAGCCCUGUGCCAGCCUGUUCCCUGUCUUUGCCAGUCGGCGUGGCAGGAGAAAGCAGCUGAGAAACGGAACAGAGUUUACGUCUUGCGUUAAGUAUGUCCUUGUUCCCCUUGAUGUGGAAGUUGUUUCUGGAGAAGAGAGAGCAGAGUAUGAAAAAUGUAUCUGAUUCCAGACAUACUGUGCUAAAU